AUGCCAGCCAAUAGUCAGUCCGCUGCGGAUGCAAGACACUCCAGCGUGGAAGCAAAGAAGAGGCGGAGGGAUAAUGAUGUCGAUUGGAAUGCCUAUUAUGGCGGCAAGCCACCCGCCGAGGUGAUCUGGAUACAUGACGACGACAGCCCGGUACCAGAAGAGCCACACAGGCCGGUACCAGUGACGAAUGGCUCUGGAUCGUCACAGCACGUGGAGAAGAAGAGGCGGGUUAAUGGUGCUACGGGAGACCUGCCGUCGUACAGCACCACGAACACGCCUUACUCGCUCUCAAAUGGUGCCUCGACCGACAGCUAUCAGGGCGGCACUACCGCACCGACAUCUCUUGGAUCCAACGCAAGCUCGAGCAGCAAGUUAGAAGGUCCUCUGCCGGGCCAGAAGCGCAAGCGGACCACUCGGACGUCAGAUGCAGAUCGGAAGAAGCUCGAGAGUGACCAAUCCGGACCGAAAGGGUAUCUGGCGGAGUACGGCGAAUACAUACCGCCGCCCAAACUGCCGAAGAAACAGAAGGAUGUGCAUGUGCCGGUGUUGGCUGAUCGGCAUAAGAGCAGUGAAAAGAUCGAUGAUGAUGACGGCCACUACAUUAUCCACGAGAACAGCAGGUUAGGCGACAAGUACAACCUGGUCAGCCUGCUAGGACAGGGUACCUUUGGUAAGGUCGUUAAAGCUAUCGAUAUACGGUCACGCAAUGAAGUUGCUGUCAAGAUCAUCAGGGCGGUGCCAAAGUACCGCGACGCUUCCCGCAUCGAGCUGCGAGUGCUCCAAACCAUCCGCUCCGCCGACGAGGCCAACCGUAACCGCUGCAUUCAACUGCGCGACUGCUUCGACUGGCGAGGACAUAUCUGCAUCGUCACGCCCUUACUCGGCCUCUCCGUCUUCGACUUUCUCAAACAAGGCGGCUUCGUGCCAUUCCCAGGCUCACACAUCCAAGCCUUCGCUCGCCAAUUACUAGGCAGUAUCGCCUUCCUCCACGAUCUCAACCUCAUCCACACGGAUCUCAAACCGGAGAACAUUCUGCUACUGAGUCACGCGUAUCAGACGUUUACGUACAACAGGAAUAUACCGAGCAGCAGUACGCUGACGGCGCGGAGUGCCAAGUUCCGGCGGGUGUUGCUGAGUCCGCAGAUCAAUUUGAUCGACUUUGGAAGUGCGACGUUCGAUGAUGAGUACCACUCUAGCGUGGUGAGUACGAGGCAUUAUCGGGCGCCGGAGAUUAUAUUGGGAAUUGGCUGGUCGCAUCCCAUCGACUUAUGGUCACUUGGCUGCAUUCUCGUAGAGUGCUGGACAGGCGAUGCCCUCUUCCAAACCCACGACUGCUGCGAACAUCUCGCCAUGAUGGAGGCCGUGCUCAACACCAAAAUCGACAAACAUCUCAUCCGCGAAGUCACGCGAACCUCGAAACGCAACGACAAGAACAGCGCCGCUCGCUUCUUCAAGGGCGGCGAACUCGCCUACCCUCUCCCGGACACCCCCCGACAAUCCCGCAAAUUCGUCCGCAGCAUGAAGCGGCUCGAAGACACCAUCCCGCCCACCACGAACUUCAACCGCCAAUUCUUGGAUCUACUGCGGAAGAUUUUCGUGUACGACCCGAAGAAGCGGAUUACGGCGCGGCAGGCGCUCGAGCAUCCGUGGUUUGGCGAGUUGGUGGAGGAUGAUGGGACGGAGGCGGGGAGGAUCCGCGAGGAGAAGGAGAGGUUGCGGCGUGAGCGGGAUGAGGCGGAGAAGGCGGCGUGGUGGGCGGAUCAGGAGAGGUUGAAGCGGAAGGAGGAGGCGAGGAGGGCGAGGGAGGGGGAGGAGGUGCAGGCGAGGGCGGGGGCGGCGAGGUAG